CCGCUCCCGUCACCCUGGCUCUGUCCACUGGGAUUUCGGGCUCCGGGUGGUCCCUUUGCCCACCCCCCUGUCAGAUCGCAGCCCAGUGCGGGGGACUGGUUUAGGGUCCUGUGGGCGCCCAGAUCCCACUCUUAUUUUCUGCUGAGCGUGUUCCGGGUAGGACUUUGGAAUUAAGAAACGAGGGAGACGAGAAUGGGGCCUUAUGGAAGAAUGCAGACAUCGGAUCGUGAGGGGAGUGGGUCCGAGGUGAGUCCCAGCGUGAUGCCAGAGGCCCCCCUGGAGUCUCCACCUACUUCUACCAAGUCCCCGGCAUUUGAUCUCUUCAACCUGGUUCUGUCGUACAAGAGACUGGAGAUCUACCUGGAGCCCCUGAGGGAUGCAGGUGAUGGCGUCCGAUACUUGCUCAGGUGGCAGAUGCCUCUCUGCUCCUUGCUGACCUGUCUGGGCCUCAACAUCUUACUGCUCACUUUGAAUGAGGGUGCGUGGUACUCUGUGGGCGCCCUGCUGAUUUCUGUGCCCGCCCUGCUGGGCUACCUUCAGGAGGUGUGCCGGGCCCAGCUGCCCGAGUCGGAGUUGAUGCGGAGGAAGUACCACAGCGUGCGGCAGGAGGACCUGCAGAGGGUGCGCCUGUCGCGCCCGGAGGCCGUGGCUGAGGUGAAGAGCUUCCUAAUCCAGCUGGAGGCCUUCCUGAGCCGUCUGUGCUGCACCUGCGAAGCCGCCUACCGUGUGCUACACUGGGAGAACCCUGUCGUGUCCUCACAGUUCUACGGAGUCCUUCUGGGCACUGUCUUCAUGCUGUACCUGCUGCCGCUGUGCUGGGUCCUGGCCCUUCUGAACAGCACCCUCUUUCUGGGGAAUGUGGAGUUCUUCCGAGUGGUGUCUGAGUACAGGGCCUCGCUGCAGCGGCGGAUGAACCCUAAGCAGGAAGGAAACGCCUUCGAGAGUCUGCCUCUGGAUGCGGUGGGGAGGGGCGCUCUGCCGGACAGCACGCCUGCCCCCACCCCCACAGAGGACCUCACCCCGGGCAGCGUAGAGGAGGCUGAAGAGGCUGAGCCAGAUGAGGAGUUCAAAGAUGCGAUUGAGGAGACCCACUUGGUGGUGCUGGAGGACGACGAAGGUGCCUCGUGCCCGGUCGAGGACGAGCUGGCUCUGCAUGACAAUGGGCUCCUGAGCAAAAACGAGGUUCUGCGCAGCAAGGUAUCCAGGCUCACGGAGCGGCUGCGCAAGCGCUACCCUGCCAACAACUUCGGGAGCUGUACGGGCUGCUCUGCUACCUUCUCAGUGCUAAAGAAGAGGCGGAGCUGCAGUAACUGUGGAAACAGCUUCUGCUCCCGAUGCUGCUCCUUCAAGGUACCCAAGUCCUCCAUGGGGGCCACAGCUCCUGAAGCCCAGAGAGAGACUGUGUUUGUGUGUGCUUCGUGCAACCAGACCUUGAGCAAGUGAGAAGAGAAGCCAAGGGUGCAGCUUGUCACCAGUCCCGGGCCAGCAGUAGACCACCCCACCCCCCACUCUCCCCACCCUGAGCCUUGUGUGGCGUGUGCUGGGCCGAGGUGGCCAGGAUUCUAGGUAGUUUCCCCUUCCUCCCUCGGAGCUGUGCCCACUCUGGAUGGCUGGGUGUGGCUGUCCUGAAGCCCCCUGAGGGAGAGCAGCCCCUGGAGGGCCCUGCACUGCACAUUUGCUGGUGGACUCUAGGGCAUGCAGGGCCAGGCAGGGACUCUAAGCUAGAGGGCAGCAGUGAGCCAGGCUUGGGCUAGCUUAGGCUGGCGGACCUGUGUGGCUGGGAAUUCAAGGAGCCCUGAGGAUAGCAGAAGAGAAUCUUCUGCCGGGUCUCACGCCAAGCCCUUGACCUUAGUGUGCCUGCAGAAGGCUUAGUGCCACCUGCAUUGCUGCUGCCUGACUGUCCCGCAGGAUGAGGACCUCAUGCUUCUGGAAGCAGGGUCCGAGCUCCUGUGUUGUUCUUCUGUGGAUGGGGUGGGCAAAGUCCCUGAGUGUUAAGUCAAGCCCCUGAAGUCAGCAAGUGAGAGUGGGUGGGGCGGGGGUGAUGCCUGGGGAGCCCAUGACCCUUGGGCCCUGGGAAGGGUAGGAUCGGACUGGGAUAAUCUUAGUUGUGGAGUAAGGCCUCUUGGGGUCCCCAUCUUCCUGCCAAGAACUCCGUGUUCACUUCUUGACUCGUAGGGACUCAGGUGUUUCUCCUGAGGCCUUGAGCUGGCUCAGGGGCCCGUCUGCCCAACCCUGCAGCUGCCCCACCGUUUUGAAGUAUUUAUUUAUUUAUUUCCUGGUUGUGGGGAACUUGAGGCGCAGCCUGCCAUGUGGAGGGGGCUUCUCCUACUGGGAUCCACCCUGGAGGCACCGGCUGCCUGGGACUCAGUACUCAUUGGUGGCCGGGGAGUGUCUACACCCUGAGCAGCACUGAGGGGGGCCGAGAUGCGAGGCGAGGGGCCCUUGUUUAGCCAUCAUUCCUGCCAGGCCAGCAGUCUUACUGGGGCUGAGAUGCUGGGCUCCUCAGUCAGAGACUGAAGCUUGGAGCCCUGUGCACUGUCUGCACUGGGGCGGGAAGGGCCUCUGUGUAUGCGGAGAAUCCUCAAUAAAAGGCUCUCAAGCUUC